AUGCAACGCGUAGACGAUGACGUUUAUGGAAAGAGUUGGAACUUCAACGACAUGAUGUCUGGGCUGUCGAUGAGCUCAAAGAGAUCAUUGAUGGUUGAAGCUAUCAAGGCUGGAAAUCUCCAGGAUGUUCAGAACUUUGUGAGAGGCGGGAUCAGUUUGAACGAGGCUGCGCCGGAUCUUUCUUACCAGCAGACUUUCGUGCAUCUUGCUGCUAGAUGUGGAAACAUCGAGUGUUUGAGACUUGUCUUGGAACUUGGUGGGAACGUUUCCGUGGUUGACAGCUUCUCAAACACUCCCUUGCAUAUCGCCUCUGUCCAUGGGCACAUUGAUGCCGUGAUGUUGAUGAUUGAGAGUGGAGCAAACAUGUCAGCUGCAAACAAGCAAGGAUUACAACCUAUCCACAUGGCGGCUUCCAACGGGCAUGUGAAUGUAUUGCAGACGCUGAUUUUGAUGGGUGAGAAGCAAAUGAAUGGUUGA